AUGGCUAUGGAUGACGCAGUAGAUGGCGGUUGCUAUUCCGGGACUAGUUCCCGCAGGCCAACACCGCUUUUCGGCAGAAGACACCCCCGAAGUUUGACUGCCUUGCCAAACGAGAGUCCUCACGAACACCAGCAGAAUGUGUUACUCUCCCGCAUCAUCACCAACGUGGAGAAGUUGAACGAGGCAGUCAUGAUGCUGAAUAAGAGUCUGCAAGAAAUCAACAUCAACAACAUGGAUGUCGAGCUUGUCGCCCAGAUGUUCAAAAACUAUCAAUCAAAUGUCCUCUUCCAUUUAGAAGCCACGGAUAAUCUUCGCGCAGCAUCUUGA